AUGGCGUGCCGAGACUCCAAGCCAAUGCCGAUCGCCAUUCUAGGCUUCGGCUGCCGAUUCCCAGGCGAUGUCACAAAUGGACAGAAGCUAUGGGAUAUGCUGGUAGAGAAGAGGACAGCACGUACAGAAGUUCCUCAAGAUCGCUACAAUGUUGAUGCGUUCUGGAACCCCGAUGCAGACCGUUACGGUACAUGUAACAACCGUGGCGGACACUUUCUUACAGAAGAUGUCGGACUCUUCGAUGCACCUUUCUUCUCCAUAGCGCCGGCUGAAGCCAUGGCCAUGGACCCAAUGCAACGGUUACUGCUCGAGGUGACGUACGAGGCAUUCGAGAACUCGGGCCUGCCCCUGUCUAAAGUAUCAGGAUCCAAGACAUCAUGUUAUGUCGGAUGCUUCACAAAAGACUACGAGGAGAUGCAGCGAAGAGACAUGGAGCUGGCUCCAAAAUACCAGUCAACAGGAGCAUCCCAGACUAUGCUCUCUAACCGUCUGAGCUACUUCUUCAACCUCAAGGGGCCCAGUGUAAGCUUAGACACAGCCUGCAGUAGUGGACUUGUUGCCGUCCACCUGGCCUGUCAAAGCUUGCAAACAGGUGAAAGCACCAUGGCAGUUGCCGGGGGCAGCAACCUUAUCCUAAGUCCAGACAUCCAGAUUGAGAUGUGUGACAUGCAUUUUCUGAGUCCAGACUCUAUCUCGCACGCCUUCGACGCUCGAGCUAAUGGCUAUGCUCGCGGAGAAGGCGUUGGCGCAAUUAUACUGAAGCCACUGGAUCUAGCACUGCGCGACAACGAUCCCAUUCGAGCUGUCAUUCGCGGCACAGCAGCCAGUUCCGACGGCCGAACACCUGGCAUCACCAUGCCUUCGAAAGACGCCCAAAUCGAUCUGAUACGAUCGGCAUAUCUUUCGGCAGGUCUUGACGUAGACGACACAGGGUACUUUGAAGCCCAUGGGACGGGAACGGCUGCUGGGGACCCGAUCGAGACUGGCGCAAUUGGCGAAGUUUUUGCCGCAAGCCGCACACGCCACCAUGCCGAAGGCAUUAAUGAGGCGGCAUCCUUGCUUGUUGGCUCUAUAAAAACAAAUAUUGGCCAUCUGGAGGGCGCUAGUGGCAUUGCUGGAAUCAUAAAGGCAACCCUCAGCGUCGAGAAGGGUAUGAUUGCGCCAAAUCUUUGGUUUGAGCGCGGCAAUCCAGACAUAGACUUUGAAAAAUGGCGGAUCGAGGUGCCCACAGAGCCCAAGGAUUGGCCGUCUCACGGAUUGCGACGUGCCAGCAUCAACUCCUUUGGGUACGGAGGAACAAACGCACAUGUCAUCCUUGACGAUGCCUAUCAUGUCCUACAGCAUCUCGACCGUUCCAUCGGCCGCACAAGGGCCGACUCUGGCUUUGUCAGUCCCGUCAGCCCUGGCCUCAAUCAUUCUUUUGUCACUGCCUCAAGGCCAAGGGUGUUUCUGCAGUCGGCCAACGACGAGAAGAGCUUGAUUCGAAUGGGUCAAGACCUGGCAUCCUAUCUUCAAGAGCAGGCUGUCUUCAACGAAGAAGAACUGCUGGAUAAUCUUGCUUACACUUUGAGUGAGCGUCGCUCGCGCUUCGCCUACACUUCUGCCGUUGUUGCAAGCAACAAGCAUGAUCUCCAAACAAAGCUGCAAAGCAUACGCGCCACAUCUGCUGCCUCAACAACACCACCAAGAAUAGGCUUCAUCUUCACUGGACAGGGGGCUCAGUGGUGGGGUAUGGGGAGGGAGCUGCUCCAAUAUCCAGUUUUCCGGCGAACCUUGCAAAAGUGCGACACUGCCGUUGCAAAAUUGGGCUCAGAAUGGUCACUCAUGGAAGAGCUGCUCAAACCUCAAGCUACUUCAAGAGUGAACGAGGCAGCUUUCAGUCAGCCCCUUUGCACUGCCCUCCAGGUUGCACUUGUCGAUCUCCUCGCAUCAUGGAAUAUCCUACCUCAAUGUGUGGUUGGCCACUCCAGUGGUGAAAUCGCUGCCGCGUACGCCACUGGUGCACUGGGUCUCCAAUCAGCUAUGAGCGUUGCCUAUUUCCGCGGCGCUCUCUCUUCCAAAGUGAAGGGCAUGGGAUACGAGGGACGCAUGAUGGCCGCCGGUCUAUCCGAAGAAGAAGUCAUUCUCGAAAUUGAGAAAGCCAGUAAUGGCACUGAGAAAGUCGUCGUCGCUUGCGUCAACAGCCCACGCAGCGUUACGAUUUCCGGUGAUGCCGCAGCUAUUGAGAAUCUGCACAAGGCCCUGGAAGCAAAGGGUGUCUUUGCAAGAGUGCUCCAAGUAGACACGGCAUACCAUUCUCAUCACAUGCAGGCAAUUGCACACGAGUAUCUUGCUCGUCUCAAAGAGGCAAAUGUCACUGUGCUCAGCUCAGAUAGCCGUGUAACAAUGGCUUCCUCCGUGACCGAGGAGAUUGUGGAAAACAAGUCCUUGGGCGCAGAAUACUGGGUGUCGAAUCUCGUCCAGAGCGUCCGCUUCUCAGGAGCACUGACGAAGCUUUGCACGAGCGAUGCGCAUGCUGUAGACAUUCUACUCGAAGUAGGGCCCCACGGCCUCUUCAAGGCCCCCGUAAAGGAAAUCCUACAAGCCGCUUUCGGGGAGACGUCCCAAAUCAGGUAUUUGUCUACUCUUAUGCGGAACAAACCUGCGGAUCUUACUGCUCUCGAGGCGGCCGGCCAGCUCGUAUCCUGCGGCCAUGUCGCCGACUUGAGAGCGGCUAACUUUCCCAAUGCGCCCAAGCAGGCGCUUUCAGUACUGACGGAUCUGCCUCAGUAUCCCUGGAACCAUACACGUCGCUACUGGUACGAAUCUCGGCUGAGCCGUGAUUAUCGGUUCCGUCGUUUUGCCCGGACCGAUCUACUCGGAGCACCUGUCAGCGACUGGAAUCCCAUGGAGCCCAGGUUCCGCAACUUUUUGCGGCUUCGUGAGCAGCCUUGGCUCAAAGAUCAUGUUGUCCAGGGCGUGGUGCUGUUCCCGGCCUGUGGCUAUCUCUGCAUGGCGAUUGAGGCUUGCAGGCAAAUGGCAGUCAUCUCUCCAUCUACGUUUCUGCCCCCGCGUGCAGACAGCGUGAUGGAGUAUCGACUCCGUGAAAUCAGCAUAUCACGUGCGCUCGUCGUACCCGAGGCUGAUGAGGGCGUUGAGAUUGUUCUUUCGAUGCGCUGCCCACCGCAGGACGGCAGCUCUCCUGCAGGUGUGUGGAGCGAGUUCUGCAUAUUCUCAUACACCGCAGACGGCGGCUGGGCAGAGAAUUGCCGCGGUCUUGUUUCCGUAUCGGCGCAGGCUACUACGGACGACGAGCUUGCGCAGGAGUGCCUUGCGGAUUGGACUGCAGCACACUCAGGUGGUGUGCGGGGUCUUGAGGCCAAGACGUUUUAUCGAAGCGUUGAUGCCUUAGGCCUCACAUACGGACCUACGUUCCAAGGUCUGCAAGACAUUAGCGUGAAUUCGGCAGUUCGCGGACAGGCUGCGGGAGUGGUCCAGGUGACUGACACAAAAGCCACCAUUCCAAAGGCGUUUGAGCAUGAUCGGUUGCUGCACCCAGCUACUCUCGACACCUUCUUGCAGCUAGGAUUGGCCGCGCUGGGUGGGGCUGAGAUGAGCCAGCUCAGAAGUGCCAUGGUGCCGACUUUCAUCGAAGAGAUGACUGUAUCUGCAGACAUUGCAGCACAGAUUGGUGAUCGCCUCAACAUCCUGGCCACUGCACGACGGCUUAGUGCACGGGAUGCCCUUGGUGAUAUUGUCGCUUUGGAUCCGAACACUUCAAGACCAGUUGUCCUCAUGGAUGGCUUCAAGUUUGUCACGAUCAACUCUAGCAGUGACUCCAGUGACGUAGAAGCUCCGCCAAAGCAUUGCUACCAGGCGGUUUGGGAGCCGGACGUGGAGUUGGUCGAGCCCUCGGAUCUGAACCGUGAACUACAGGCAGUGCCACGAGUGGACAAUCGCUCACGGUCUGUAAAGGACCUGGAGCUUCUCUCCUACUAUCUCGUCGACAAAGCAAUUCGUGAAGUCGACGAGAGCGAGAUGUCUGCGAUGCUGCCUCAUCACAAAAAACUCUACCAGGCCUUGUGUGACAUUCGAGGCACCGUUCUAGACAAGACACAUCCUGCACAGACGGAAGAGUGGCAGAAACUGCAUAGCCCAGAAGUCACAUCGAAGCUCGAGGCUAUGAUCAAGCACUACAAUGAAGACCAAACAGCAUACGAAGGCAGGUUGCUCGUCCGGAUAGGUCAGGCACUGCCGUCUAUUUUCCGGCAAGAAGUCGAGCCCCUGACGCUGAUGACGCACGAGAAUCUCCUAGAGAAUUACUACGGCACCGCAGUCGGCAUGCCCAACGUAUACGCCCAGAUCUCUCGCUUCACGUCGAUGCUCUCCCACAAGUAUCCCAACCUUGACUACCUCGAGAUCGGCGCAGGCACUGGUGGCGCAACAGUCCCUACGCUCAACGGCCUGAGAGGCUAUGAAGGGCUACACACGUACCCUCGUCUGAAGUCAUACACCUACACUGACAUUUCCUCGUAUUUUUUCGACCGCGCAGCAGAGAAGUUUGACGAGUUUUCUCAAUUCAUCAACUUCAGAAAACUCGAUGUGGAAGAUGACCCUGAGACGCAGAACUUUGUGCCCGGCUCGUACGACGUGAUUGUUGCAGCAAACGUGCUCCAUGCGACUACUGAUAUGCACCGCACAAUGACACAUGUGCGGAAGCUGCUCAGGCCAGGCGGGAAGCUUAUCCUUCUGGAGAUGACCAACCGUUUGAUCGCUGGCUCCGUCAUCUUCGGCACGCUGCCCGGGUGGUGGAAUGCCGUUGAGCCCUGGCGAGUCGGCGGUCCUCUGCUGACGGAAAGCCAGUGGGAAGACGUUCUCCAAGCCACGGGCUUCAGCGGUCUUCAGGCAAGCAGCCCCGAUGCUCUUGACCCGCUGGAAGAGGGCACCAGGCUCAUGAUUGCCACUGCGGUUGAAACCAAGCCCGUCAUCUCUCACGGCUUGGCGACUCCGCCAGAAAACCCCCGCUUCUUCAUUGUAUGCCCUGACUCUGGGAUUAGAAUGAGCAGGCUGGACAUCCCACUUGCUCUGAAGACAAGACUGGAACGGGCUGGCCACCAAACACAGCUCACGACACUGAACAAACUCAAUCCGCGAGUUCUUGUCCACUCAAUAUGCAUCAGUUUUGUCGAGCUCGACGACGCUCUCAUGGCAAACCCCACGCCCAGGGAAUGGGAUGUCCUCCACCAGAUCACAGACAGCGCAGAAGCCCUGAUAUGGGUGACCCGUGGCGGCGCGUCUUCGACUAUCGAGCGCCCCGAACUAGCCAUAUUCUCAGCCUUGGCUCGCACCAUUCGUGCAGAGCACGACGGGUUCCCCUGCAUCACCGUCGAUCUGGAUGCCAGAGAGCAGCUGCCUGCCCGUCAAGUCGCCGAGCUUCUACUCAGGCUCUACAACAAGCAGCUUGGGCCCGACCGGAGCGCUGGCACGUUGGAUAGCGAGUUCAUCGAGCAACAUGGCGUGCUUCGCAUCAAGCGCGCUAUCGAGGAUGACAAGGCAAACGAGUUCCUGACCGCGCGUACUCAUCCAGAAGUACUGCCCCCGAAACCAGAGGAUGUGUUGCUAGAAAAUCGUCCGCUCAAGUCUUGUACCAUCGAUGCCAGCGCGGAUGGCCCUCUGGUUUUCGAAGAAAAUCUCGAACUGGCGCUUCCUUUGCAGAGCGGUCAAGUCGAGAUUAAAAUCCAGGUUACAAGUCUCGGGCCUCGCGACGUUGCCACGAUCAAGGGUGAAGGCUCAGACUCCAAGCUCGGACAUGAGUGUGCGGGCAUUGUCACCCAGGUUGGUGUAAACGUCAAGAACGUUGCAGUGGGAGACCGAGUCGUGGGCUGGUAUCCUGGGACUUUUGCCACGAGAACCCGUAUUCCAGCAGCUUUCGUGUCUAAGAUGCCCGAUGGGGCAAGUUUCGAGACUGCUGCUACCUUGCCGUUGUCUCAUGCCACGGCUCAAUAUGCUCUGAGCCAUAUUGCUCAUCUAGAAGACAGUGAAGCCAUUCUGAUCCACGAAGCUGCUGAUGCUGUGGGCCGAGCUGCCAUUGAGAUUUCGUCGAGAGUCGGUGCGAACAUCUUUGCUACUGUUCGGUCUGAAGAAGAGCGAGCUCUUUUGAUUGAGCACUAUGGCCUCGAAACCACGCGCAUCUUUUCCAGCCGCGAUAUCAAAUUCGUGGCAGGGAUCCGACGAGCAACAAAAGGCCGUGGCGUCGACGUCGUGCUGAACACUAUGACGGGAGAAGCGCUCCAAGCCACAUUCAGCUGCGUUGCGCCUUUUGGCCGGUUUGUAGAUCUAAACGUGCGAUCAAGAGAUCGCCUGGAAAUGGCGCCUUUCGAGCGUAAUGUGUCGUUUUCCUCUGUCGACAUGACACUGCUGUACAACCAGAGGCCGAAGCUUGCGAGCAGGAUGUUCCAGGAAGCCAUCAAGUCUAUCAUGGCGGCAGAAUCACUUCACAACUUGAGCGUGGAAGCCAUGCCGUGGUCCAAAUUCGAUCAAGCGGUUAAGAUGCUGCAGGACGGUCAACACCAUGGCCCUGUUGUCAUGGUGCCAAAAGCUGGUGAUCAAGUCCUUGUCGCUCAAAAGCCGCCAUCGGAAACCUCACUCGACCCCUGCGCGUCGUAUCUCCUCGUAGGAGGUCUUGGAGGUCUAGGCCGCAGUAUCUCCCAUUGGCUCAUAGCCCACGGCGCCAAAAACCUCAUCUUCAUCUCCCGCUCUGGCGCCGUAACCCCAGCAUCACAAUCCUUCAUCGCCUCGCUCCACGCCUCAGGCAUCCGCACCUCCAUCAUCCAAUGCGACGUCUCCGACGCGCUCGAGCUCUCAAUCCACCUCUCCACAACCCUCGAAACCUUGCCGCCCAUCAAGGGCGUCAUCCAAGGCGCCAUGGCGCUGCACGACGCGCUCUUCGCAAACAUGACCGAAGAACAGUGGACGUCAACCCUCCGCUCCAAAGUCCACGGCUCCAAAAACCUACACGACAUGACGCUCUCGCAACCCCUCGACUUCUUCAUCCUACUCUCCUCACUCCACUCCUUCAUCGGCAACCCCGGCCAAGCAAACUACGCCGCAGCCUGCGCGUACCAAGUCGCCCUCGCCCAGCACCGCACCCAGCACUCGCUACCCGGCCUCUCCAUCGACCUGGGCAUCGUCAGCGAAGUCGGGUACGUCGUCGAGCAGAGCGACACCCCCACCAGCAGCAGCAAGAAAGUCCGCGUACAAGACUUCAAGCGCGUCAACGAAAAAGAAAUGCUCGCGCUACUCGAACUCGGGAUCCGGAAUCCCUCCAUGGGCCACAUCGUCAGCGGCCUGGAUUAUCCGCGCCACGCGGCGCACACCGUGAGAGACGACUUGCCGUUUUUCGCUCGCGACCCCGUGCUAAGCCACCUGGAUUAUCUGCGCGCGCAUCUGCAUCGCGAGACCAAGUCUGGCGGUGCAAAUGACGGCACUGCUACUACUACUACCUCGACGACUCUCUCGCUCCCCGCGCAACUCGCAGCCGCAUCCUGCUCUUCCGCCCGCAAAUCGGUUGUCACGCAUGCGCUGCUGAAGAAGCUGGCGCGCAGCUUGAUGAUGGAUCCCGCGGAGAUUGAUCCCAGUCGCGGGAUGAGUGCGUAUGGCACCGACUCGCUUGUGGCGGUUGAAAUGAAGAAUUGGAUUCAGCGCGAGACACACGUGAGUGUCAGUGUGUUUGAGAUUCUGCAGAGUAGUAGUAUUGGGGGGUUGGUUGAGCGGAUUGUCGCCAAGAUGGAGGGUGCGGUGGAGUAAGGUGGAGGG